AUGGACAAAGGUUACUAUAUUCACUCAUUGAGUUAUAUAAAUGCAAGCAUUUCUGAUGACAACGUAAUCUAUGCUUCUGACUACACCUUCACUGUUGGUACUGCCAAUGAACCAAUUGCAAAUGUGCACUUGAUAAACAACAAGCAUUUCAUUUCAGUUGACGACUUCUCCGAUACAGAUCUCGCUAAGAGAACGGACGUAAGCGAUCUGGAUGCAUUUGGUACCGAGAAAAUGUCUCAAGGAGCCAUAAUUAGUCAGGGAUGUCAUAAGUAUGGAUCCAAUGAAGAACUCAAUACAAAGAACGACUGGGCAACUAUGAUGGAUCUUAUCUACGACUAUUCUGACUUGUGGAAAAAAGACAAUAAGCAUCAUUUGCAUUACACAAUUCAUGAUCAAAACCACAACCACGUUAUAUUCGCACAAGGAGAAUUAAAGUUAGGUAGCAAGCAAGACUACUCUGACUGGGCCAACUGGAACACCAUUUGCGAUGAAUAA